AUAAAUAAAUUUCCAUAUCUUAUGGAAUAUUAUUAAAGAUAUAAAAUAUAAUUUAUAUUAUAUUUUGAUCGAGUUGAAAUCGUUUGACACGUACAAUAAACAGGAAGAUAAAUCGAAAGAUAAAAGGCAAAAAAUAAUCAUAAAUUGAAUGACAUUAUGGAAAAUCCGCACAAAAAACUGAUGACGUCAUGUACCAAUGUGUCAGAACAGGCACACCAUGUAUCAAGAACAAAACGUGGUCAAGCGAUAGGUCAUGUGAGAGGUUUCCGUGGGUGUACGGUAUGGUUGACAGGUCUAUCAGGAGCAGGAAAGACUUCAAUAGCCUUUCAAGUAGAAGCAAUAUUAGUCGAUCAUGGAAUUGCAGCUUAUGGGCUUGAUGGAGAUAACGUUAGGAGUGGUUUGAAUUGCAAUCUUGGUUUUAGUAAAGAGGAUAGAAAAGAGAAUAUAAGAAGAGUUGCGGAAGUAGCAAAAUUAUUUGCAGACAGUGGACAAAUUUGUUUAUGUAGUUUUGUAUCACCAUUCGAAGAGGAUAGACAAAUGGCAAGAGAAAUACACAAAGCCUCGGAUCUUCCUUUCUUCGAAGUAUUUGUUGAUACUCCGCUUAAUGUUUGCGAAGCUAGAGAUACUAAAGGAUUGUAUAAAAAAGCACGACAGGGUGCUAUUAAAGGUUUUACUGGUAUAGAUCAAAUGUAUGAAAGACCUAUUAACCCUGAUUUGGUGGUAACCACAGAAAAUUGUACCUUAGAAGAAUCAGCUGCAAUGGUGAUCGAUCUUCUGGAAAAACAAUGUAUCAUACCAGUAUUACCAAAACCUACUGCACCUAUAAGAGAACUGUUUGUUCCAGAAUCCAGAAUUGCUUCUGCCAAAGCAGAAGCAGAUACUCUACAGAGUAUAGAAAUAACAAAAGUUGAUACGCAAUGGCUUCAAAUUCUAGCAGAAGGCUGGGCUUUACCACUUACUGGUUUCAUGAGAGAAAACCAAUACCUACAGACUCAACAUUUGAAAUGUCUACUAGAGGGUGGAAAAGAAGUAAAUCAAUCUGUUCCUAUAGUUCUUGCUAUAAGUACUGCAGAUAAAAUUCGUUUGGAGGGACAUUCGGCGAUAACACUUAAACAUAAAAACAAAGCUUUGGCAAUAUUACGAAGACCAGAAUUUUAUUUUCAUAGAAAAGAAGAAAGAUGUGGAUGGCAAUUUGGAACUAACAACUUAGCUCAUCCAUAUGUUAAAAUGAUUUAUGAAUCAGGAGAUUGGUUGGUAGGUGGGGAUAUUGAAGUUUUAGAAAGGAUUAAAUGGCAUGACGGUCUUGAUAUAUACAGAUUAACACCUAACGAAAUUCGAGCUAAAUGUAGAAAAAUGAAAGCUGAUGCAGUAUUCGCAUUUCAACUUAGAAAUCCUAUACAUAAUGGUCAUGCCUUACUUAUGCAGGAUACGAGAAAACGUUUACUUGAAGAGCGAGGUUUUAAAAAUCCUAUAUUAUUAUUACACCCGUUAGGAGGUUGGACGAAAGAAGAUGAUGUACCUUUACAUACAAGAAUUAUGCAACAUAAAGCUAUUUUAGAAGAGGGUAUACUCGAUCCUAAUUCUACUUUGUUAGCUAUUUUCCCAAGUCCUAUGAUGUAUGCUGGUCCUGUCGAAGUACAAUGGCAUGCUAAAGCCAGAUUGAAUGCAGGUGCUAAUUUUUACAUCGUGGGCAGAGAUCCAGCUGGUAUACCACAUCCAAAUAAAAAAGCUACACCUGAUGGUAAUCUUUAUGAUCCAACUCAUGGUGCCAGAGUUCUUUCAAUAGCACGAGGAUUACAAAGCUUAGAAAUCAUUCCAUUUAAAGUUGCCGCUUAUGAUAAGAAAAAUAAGAAAAUGUCCUUCUUUAAUUCAGAACGGAAAGAAGAUUUUGAUUUUAUAUCAGGAACCAGAAUGAGGGAUUUAGCCAGAGCAGGGAAAUGUCCACCUGAUGGUUUCAUGUCUCCAAAAGCAUGGAACAUUCUCGCACAAUAUUAUCAAAGUGGUAAUAAAAAUUAACUAACUUA